UCUUCUCUCCACUUCGUUCUUUGUCUGCAAGUAAAGGGUGAGUGAAACGACGCAGUGCCGACUCCUUGUCACACCUCAAAGGGUCUUCUAAGGUUCCUGUCUCAACUGGUACGCUUCCUUCGCUCCCGCCCAGUUGAUUCCACUCAAGCUCUUCGCUUCGGAUCGUCUUCUUCGAAGGCGAUGUCCCGUGCCUUGUUAUCUUUCAGCAAAACGAGGCAUUUUUCUUAGCAAGUCAACAAGGAAAUCACAAAUCAACGUGAUCUGUGUAUAAACAGUGUUAAGUUGCAACUGAAGUUGACUCAAUGGGUAAUAUUGUUAGUUCAUUAGUAUCAGGCUUUGUUAAAGUUGUUGGCGAUCUAUUUGGAGCCCCAGUAGAUUUUCUUUCUGGCAAAUCAUGCAGUUCAGUAUGUGGGUCAACAUGGGAUCUGAUCUGUUACAUUGAAAACUUCUGCAUUGCUAAUCUCCUGAGGCUGCUUGCUGUGGUGGCUCUCCUUUAUGUAGUGCUGCUAUUCUUGUACCUUCUACACAAGAUUGGUUUCUGCCGGUGCAUCGGCAGGGGCGCAUGCAAGAUGCUGCGGGCAUGUUUCAUGUCAUGCUUCUCGACCUGCGAGUACGCAUGCAUGUUCGUGUGGUUUAAGCUGAAGAAUGUGAAGCAGAUGAAGGAAGAGCGUUUGAAGAGGAUGGAACAAGAUUAUGGCUCGACUUCGAGUGAUGAUGACUUGGAGGAGAGUGUAUUGUAUGCUCGCACACUGAGAUCUCUUUCGCAAAGGUCAAGAGAACGGAGAAGGAUGCACUUGGAAAGGUCCCUAAGGCCGAGGAGUCACCGAGUAAGAGUUGGGAUCAGCAAACACUCCAUAUACAUAAAUGAGAAGGACCCAAGGAAGCGUCAUGGACAUGGGAGCAUACUCCAGAAAAUUAAGGUGACUCACACAUCAAAGUUUGCUCAGAAAGGCAAUGGCAGGCGCAUUCGCAAAGGAGGUUUUCGGAAUGAGAUCUCUCGUUCAAGGUUUGAGUUGCAGUGAUGAGAGAAUGGGAUGCCAUUUUGACCCAUGCAUCUUCGAAGUUGUGAAUUUGCACAUAGAGAUAGAAAACUGUGUAAAGAUUUGUACUCCCAAGUAAUGGUAGAAGUUCAACUUGGAUGUGAUGUUAGUAAUGAUGGAAGUUUUCACCUGAAGGAAGGUUUGAAAUAGUCCUCUCCUAUUUAUUGCUUUAGAGCAUAGUAGAAGCUCAAAGGAUCCUAGUUUUUGUGAUGCAUUUCCCAAAUCAGAGAAGUAUUUCUUGGCCCA